AUGCCGGUCCAGUCCUACACAUCCUCAGAAGCCGGUGCCGAGCGUUGGUUCCAAAUCUGUCAAAAGCUUAGGCUAGUGACCUUCUUGUUGGUGCAUUCGCGUCCUCUCUUGAAUCCCAAGCCGCGAGUCGUCCAAGGACGCUAUCUCAGUCAGCUUCUGGACCUGGACCUGACCGUGCGACUCAGGGGUAUCGACAGAUGGACCGGGACGAACGAAGACGUACUGAAGUCUGACGGCAGCCCGGCGACACCAUUGACACUAUCGUACGGGUUCUUCUACCCAAGAAGCGGGACUGACGGCGGUGCCAUCUUCCAGCGUCUUAGUCGGGAUCGUCCUGAAGGCUGGACUCGCCUUGGUUGCCAAGAAAAGACACACAUUGGAUCCCUCGGGAGCCAGAAGCUGCAGAGAAAACGAGCGAGCUGCACGUUGUCUGGGACCCCCGCUUGGGAAUUGUCCCAAUCCACGUCGUCCAUGCACCCAUCCCAUCUCCUUCUGCCACCACCCCCAUGCAUAUCCCAUGUCCAACCCCAAGACACACACCACCGCCACGCCUUAAAGGAACCUGGGCUCCCGACCGAACCCAGCUUCCCUUCUGAGCUGCCUGGUGUUCCUCCCAACUCUCGCUCAUCUAUCCAUAUUACUUUGGCUUUUGCAAUCCGCUUUUCCGGGCAAGCAUUACCUAAGGCUGCUUGA